ACUUCUUCUUCUUCCUUACUCCAAACAACAAAUAUACUCUCAGAAUAUCCAACCAAAUUUUUUCUCUCAAAAAAGAAAAAAAAAUCAAAUAACAAAAAUAUUUUAUUCCCGUUCUCUCUGUAUUCAUUCAUGCAUGUCGACCCAAAAAAUGGAUCCAGAGAGGCCCAUCUACGGUGUAAUGGCCGGUAACUUUAUGAGACCGACAUGGGCGGCACUGCUUCUCUUCUUGACGGUUGUUUCUGUUGCGUCUCUGCAAAUCACGACGAAGGCGGCAUUUCCGAGGUGGCCGGUUUUUUCCGGUUCGGCGACGAGGCUUUCCUCCUGGUCAUCGGAAGACGACGUCGUAUCGGUGUCGGAUGAUCCGAAAAGUUGUUCUGGAUUUUUCGAGGUGGUUCAGAGGAGGAAGGUGGUGAUGUCGAUCAGGGAUUUCGGCGGGGUCGGAGACGGGAAGACGUCAAACACCGAGACGUUUCGGCGUGCGAUUGGGUUCCUGAAACGUUUUGGGAAGGAAGGCGGUUCUCAGCUGAAUGUGCCGAGAGGAAGGUGGCUAACGGGAAGUUUUAAUCUCACCAGUAAUUUUACGCUUUUUCUUGAGGACGGUGCUGUAAUUGUGGGGUCCCAGGACCCUGAGGAGUGGCCCAUAAUUAAGCCAUUGCCUUCCUAUGGAAGAGGAAGAGAGAGACUAGGAGGGAGACAUAUAAGCCUUAUUCAUGGAGAUGGUCUAACAAACGUUGUCAUAACAGGACAGAACGGGACAAUUGAUGGUCAAGGGAACAUGUGGUGGGAAUUAUGGUGGAAUAGAACAUUGAAGUACACCAGGGGUCAUCUUCUUGAGCUAAUGAACUCUCACAACGUUCUCAUCUCUAACCUAACAUUCCUCAAUUCCCCCUUUUGGACCAUCCAUCCUAUUUACUGCAGUAACGUUGUUAUCAAGAACAUGACAAUUUUGGCCCCAUUAAAUGCCCCAAAUACUGAUGGUAUAGACCCAGAUUCAAGCACCAAUGUAUGUAUUGAAGACUGUUACAUUGAGAGUGGGGAUGAUCUUGUAGCAGUGAAGAGCGGAUGGGACCAGUAUGGAAUCAUUAUGGCUCGUCCAAGCUCAAACAUCAUAGUGAGAAGAGUUUCAGGUACAACUCCGACCUGUUCUGGAGUCGGAAUAGGCAGUGAGAUGUCUGGUGGGAUUUCAAAUGUGACUAUUGAAGACAUGCACAUCUGGGAUUCAGCAGCAGGGGUACGUAUAAAAUCGGAUCAGGGUAGAGGGGGUUACAUAGCAAAUAUUAGUAUAAGCAACAUAAAAAUGGAGAGAGUGAAGAUACCAAUAAGGUUCAGUAGAGGUUCUAACGACCACCCUGAUGAAGGAUGGGAUCCAAAUGCUGUUCCCAAAGUAAAGGGGAUUUAUUUCAAUAAGGUGAUAUGUCUAAAUUCAACAAAAGCCCCUCAAUUGAAGGGAAUUGAGGGUGCUCCAUUUGAAGAAAUUUGCUUUAAGAACUUCACGAUGCUUGGUUUGGCCAAGUCUACAGCAUGGCAUUGUGAGUUCGUGUCAGGUUAUGCUAAUGAGGUGUUUCCAGCUCCUUGCCCUGAGUUACAAAACAAUGGCUCUUCCUUGUUGUGUUCGUAGCAUUGGGCCUGUGGAUGAAUUCAGAAAGUUAUUUUGUUUGAAUUUGGAGGGUUUUCUCCCAAAGUUAAGCACAGGGUGGUUGGGUUUGCUCCGAGCAGGAUCGAAUGUGAAACACAAAGUAAAUAUGUUUAAAGAUUGAACGGGACUAACUAGUGAAUCAUUAAGUUUUGUCACUGGUAUGUUAACCAAUAGUUGUGGAUGAAGAUGGAAAAUCCUCCAGGACACUUGGAAUGGUUUGUACAGAUCCAUCUGUUGAGUUCCAAGAUUUCAUCGACGGGUUUGUCUGUUUUUAGUUUGUAUUUUGAAUUACUGGUUCUAUACAGAGUUUAUGUACAAUGGGUUUGCUGAAACCCUCCCCAAAAGAGAGGAUUGAUCAUGGAUAGAGGCUUCAGAAAAGUGAUUACAACAUUGAAUACAAAUUUUACCAUUUAAUUUAUAAUGAAUUUUAGUCCUCUUAUUUUUUCAAACAA